AAAUCUCUCACAGGUCUCUCGGACAUAAAUAUGGCCAUAGGACCGGCUAAAUAGUCAGUCUCCUUGCAUCCAUCAGCCUCCAUCUCCUUCAUCUUCCACCCCAUUACCUCCAACCCUUCUCAUCCUCCUUCAAUUCAUCUCAACAUGCCUUUCAACUACUCCCAAGUCCUCAUCAUCGGCGCCACCUCCGGCAUUGGACAUGCCCUGGCUACCAUUCUCGUGCAAAACAACAUCCCUGUCGUUAUCGCCGGCCGGCGCGACGCCAACCUGAACGAGUUCGCCGCCCAGUACGGCCCGGAUAAGGUCAAGACCAAGGUGUUUGACGUGACAAACUUGGAGAAGAUCCCCCAAUUUGCCUCCGAAGUCCUUGCCGAAAACCCCCAGAUCGACUUCGUCUUCGUCAAUUCGGGUAUCCAGCGCCCCUUUGACUUCUCCCAGCCCGCCACCGUCGACCUCAGCAUCUUCGACCAAGAGCUCGUCACCAACUACACCGCCCCCGUCUACCUCAGCAAGGCUUUCUUGCCUCACCUCCAGGCCCAGAACAAGCCGACCGGCCUCAUGUUCACCACCUCGCAGAUGGCGCUGGUCCCCAUGAUGCGUUGCCCCAACUACGGCGCCUCCAAGUCGGCCCUGCACCACUUCAUCCUUGCGCUGCGCACCCAGGUUAGCGAGGGACCCGGAAACGUCAAGGUGUUUGAGAUUUUCCCUCCGGCGGUGCAGACGGAGCUGCAUGAUGCGAAGCACCAGCCCGACCUGAAGGACGGCCACUUGAUUGGUAUGCCCUUAAACGAGUUUGUUGGAGAGGUCUGGGGACAGCUGCAGCAGGGCGAGGAGCAGAUUGCCGUCGGGUCGGCCAAGGAGAUCUUUGAUGCCUUUGAGCCCAAGCGCCAGGAGAUGUAUGCUGGCAUGACGGCGCAGCUGAAUGUGUUGAUUAAGCAGUUCUUGGUAUAA